AUCGUAUCUACCACCAUCAGAACUAUUCUCCUUCUCAUCCUUCUUCCUCCGUUCCUUUCAGCAAUAUCGGAAUCCGAGCUCCGUUUCAUGCUUUCACGAUUUCGCUUUCUUUGCUGGAAAUUGGAAUAUAGUCUCUGAAUCUAUGGAGGCCAUUGAGGAGUUGGUUCAGCUUUCGGAUUCUAUGCGCCAAGCUGCAUCUGUGCUUGCCGAUGAAGAUGUUGAUGAGACGACACCCAGUAGGCGGCCUUCCACAUUCCUCAAUGUCGUUGCCCUCGGCAAUGUGGGUGCCGGAAAAUCUGCUGCCUUGAAUAGCUUGGUUGGACAUCCUGUUUUGCCCACCGGUGAAAAUGGUGCUACCAGAGCUCCCAUAAGCAUUGAUUUAAAUAGAGAUAGCUCUUUAAGCAGCAAGUCAAUCGUCUUACAAAUUGAAAAUAAAUCUCAACAAGUUUCUGCAAGUGCCCUUCGACAUUCUCUACAGGAUAGGCUAAGCAAAGGUUCAUCUGGCAAGAAUCAUGAAGAAAUAUACCUGAAACUACGCACAAGUACCGCUCCACCAUUGAAGUUGAUUGACUUGCCUGGACUGGACCAACGAAUAAUGGAUGAAAAAUUGAUCAGUGAAUAUGCUGAACACAAUGAUGCUAUUUUGCUCGUGAUAGUUCCUGCUGUACAGGCACCGGAAAUUUCAUCAUCACGAGCCCUGAGAGUAGCAAAAGAGUAUGAUGGAGAAUCCACCAGAACAGUUGGUGUUAUCAGUAAAAUUGAUCAAGCAGCUGCAGAACCAAAAGCCCUUGCAGCUGUACAGGCUCUUCUAUUGAACGAAGGACCCCCCAGAACAUCUGAUAUUCCAUGGAUUGCUUUAAUAGGUCAAUCUGUUGCUAUAGCUAGUGCACAGUCUGGUAGUGCUGGGACUGAGAGCUCUUUAGAAACAGCUUGGCGUGCUGAGACUGAAAGUUUAAAAUCAAUAUUGACUGGAGCCUCUCAAAGUAAACUUGGUAGAAUAGCUUUGGUUGAGUCUCUUGCUGGCCAGAUCCGGAAUCGAAUGAAGCUCAGGCUGCCAACUCUUCUUUCUGGUCUACAGGGAAAGUCUCAGACUGUCCAGGAAGAAUUAGUGAAGCUUGGGGGACAAAUGACUGCUAGUUCUGCAGGUACCAGAGCUCUAGCUUUGGAGUUAUGCCGUGAAUUUGAGGAUAAAUUUCUUCAACAUCUUGCAGGAGGCGAGGGAAAUGGUUGGAAAGUUGUUGCUAGUUUUGAAGGCAAUUUUCCUAACAGGAUCAAGCAACUUCCAAUUGACAGACACUUUGACAUGAAAAAUGUCAAAAGGGUUGUUCUUGAAGCAGAUGGAUAUCAACCAUAUCUUAUCUCCCCAGAGAAAGGUUUAAGGUCCUUAAUUAAAGGUGUUCUCGAACUGGCAAAGGAGCCAUCACGCCUUUGUGUUGAUGAGGUGCAUCGUGUGCUUGUGGAAAUAGUUUCUGCUGCUGCGAAUGCUACACCUGGUCUUGGAAGAUAUGCUCCAUUGAAGAGAGAGAUUGUGGCAAUAGCAAGUUCUGCCCUAGAUGCAUUUAAGAGUGAGGCCAAAAGAAUGGUCGUUGCCUUGGUUGAUAUGGAGCGUGCAUUUGUUCCACCCCAACACUUUAUUCGUUUGGUACAGAGGCGAAUGGAGAGGCAGCGCCGAGAGGAAGAGCAAAAGCGGCCCUCAAAAAAAGCAGUAGAUGCAGAACAGUCAGCUCCAAAUAGGGAUAGUAGUCCUCAAAAAGGUCAACAAAGUGGGGCAACCUUAAAAUCAUUGAAAGAUAAAUUUGGUCUACACGACAAAGAUGCACAAGAGACAUCCAGCUUGAAGAUUGCAGGGCCUGAAGGAGAGAUAACAGCAGGAUAUUUAUAUAAAAAAAGCGGAAAAGGUAAUACUUGGAGUAGAAGAUGGUUUGUUUUGAAUGAGAAGACUGGGAAGCUUGGUUACACCAAAAAACAAGAGGAGCGACAUUUCCGAGGAGUUGUUACUUUAGAGGAAUGCAAUAUUGAGGAGACUUCUGAUGAUGAUGCUCCUGCCAAGGGUUCUAAGGAUAAGAAGGCAGAUGGGGCUGAUUCUGGAAAAUCACCAAGCCUCAUUUUCAAGAUAACAAGCAAGGUCCCCUAUAAGACUGUCAUGAAAUCUGAAAGUGUAGUUGUGUUAAAGGCAGAAAACAUGGCUGAUAAAGUUGAGUGGCUAAACAAGCUAGGCAAUAUUGCACAUUUUAUUAAAGGAGGAGCUCAAACGAUAGCUGAAUCUGGUUUUCCUAUUCGACAAAGUCUUUCUGAUGGUUCUCUUGAUGCCAUGGCUAGAAAGCCUGCGGAUCCUGAAGAGGAACUUAGAUGGAUGACGCAGGAAGUGCGUGGUUAUGUUGAAGCGGUUCUUAAUAGCCUUGCUGCUAAUGUUCCAAAAGCAGUUGUUCUUUGCCUAGUAGAGAAAGCUAAAGAAGACAUGCUUAACCAAUUAUAUAGUUCCCUCAGUGCCCGGAGCUCAGCAAAUAUUGAACAAUUACUCCUGGAAGACCAGAAUGUAAGGAACAAAAGGGAGCGUGUCCAUAAACAGUCAACCCUUCUUUCAAAACUCAUUAGGCAACUUGGCGUCCAUGACAAUAGGGCAGCUGCUGCUUCUAGUUGGUCUGAUGGAGGGGCAGAAAACAACAUAGGAAGCUCUGUACCUUCAUCUGGUGAGGAUUGGAAGUCUGCCUUUGAUGCGGCUGCUAAUGGUCGAAGUGACUCCUAUAGGUAUGGAUCUGGUGGUCACAGUAGACGUUAUAGUGACCCAUAUCAAAAUGUUGAAGUAAGCUCAGGUUCAAACUCCGGCAGUCGCCGAACACCUAACCGAUUGCCGCCGCCACCUCCCCAAUCUAGUUCUAGGUAUUAGAUAAAGUUACAAAUGAUCUUCAUAAUAAUAAUUUUGCAAUCUUGUGGAUGGAUGUUUUC